AUAUGAUCAACCAAGAAAAAAUAAUAAUAAUGAUAAUAAUUAUACUUUGAUGCAAGCUUUCUCCAGGCAAGCUAAGUGAUGUGAGAAAACCACAAGAAAGGGUUUGACCAGAGAGAGAGAUUGAUCUGUUUGUUGGAGUGUUGAGAUUAGCAAAGUGGUUGUGAGGAGGGAGCAUUAAGAAAGAAUUUAAUACAAGUAAGGUGAGAAUUGAAGAAAUGGAAGGAGAGUUGAAGGAGGAAAGCUUGCCACCAGGUUUCAGGUUUCAUCCCACAGAUGAAGAGCUUAUAACUUUUUAUCUUGUGAACAAGAUCUCAGAUGCUGGAUUCACUGCUAGGGCUAUUGGAGAUGUUGAUCUAAACAAGUGUGAGCCAUGGGAUCUUCCAGGGAAAGCUAAGAUGGGAGAAAAGGAAUGGUAUUUCUUCAGCCUCCGGGACCGGAAAUAUCCAACAGGAGUGAGAACUAAUCGGGCAACGAACACCGGAUAUUGGAAAACAACCGGCAAAGACAAAGAGAUCUUCAACAGCUCAACCUCGGAGUUGGUUGGCAUGAAAAAAACGUUGGUGUUUUACCGAGGAAGAGCUCCUAGAGGAGAGAAGACCAACUGGGUCAUGCAUGAAUAUCGGAUCCACUCUAAAUCCUCUUAUAGAACAAACAAGCAAGAUGAGUGGGUGGUCUGCCGUGUUUUCCAGAAGAGCGCCGGAGCUAAGAAGUAUCCGUCCAACCACUCCAGGGCGGUGAAUCCGUACACGCUGGAGAUCGGGCCUAGUAUGAUGUCGUCGCAGAUGAUCCCGCCGGACCACGGCUUCCACUUCGCCAUGGGACCGCCGCCUGGAAGAAACGCCGCCGCCGCCGCCUACAUAACCCCUGCGGAAAUGCAGGAGUUCAAUAGGGUUUUCAGAGGGGCCGGCGGCGGCGCAACCUCCGCCGCCAUCAACUUCCCCAUCCACCAACCCCAUCAGAUGAACUACCCAAUGGGACCCACCGGAGCCGGCGGAACAGGCUGCUUCACUAUCUCCGGUCUGAACCUAAACCUGGGCGGCGGCAGUGGCGGCGGCUCGGCCUCGUCUCAGGCCGUUCUCCGACCAAUGCCGCCGCCGCCGACGGCGAUGACUCAGCCGGAUGUGCUGAUCACAAGUGAAGCCGCCGGGUACGUGGCGGCUGACAUGGGCAAUCCGGCAAAUAGAUAUAUGGGCAUGGAUCAAUGUGCUGAUUUGGAUAACUAUUGGCCGACAUAUUGAUCGAUCAUAUGAUCAUCAAGGAAACAGAUGAGUAUAAAAACAUAAGACAAAUCAAAAACUCUGCAAGUGUAUUAUUCAAAUUAAUGUAGGACAGUAAGAACAUAUAUAUAUAUAUAGUAUUAGGCUACUACUGCUACUGGAUAGUGUUUUCAGUUCGUUGUACGUGCAGUGUUAAACAAUCAAGUUGUUAGGAUUAUAUAUGGCUUUAAUUUGUGGGAGAUGCAUGACUUAAUAAGUAUACAAAGAGUAGCUUAAAUUUGCUUGUUUAUUGCCAUCAA